AUGGCCAACACCAACGACUCAGACGUAUCCCACAUCGCGGGCAACGCCUCACCACACAUCAAGCGAGCUUUGAGCAACCACAAAACCUUCUUCGGGAACAGGCACAAGAAGUUAAUACCGGGCCCCAUUUUCUUCGAAGUUAUACAGGAGCGCUUUAGGACAACGGAGGUGUCGAUUAGUGAGCGCCCGGAGGGAGGGCUGGAGGGAAAGAUCGUGGUUGAGGUUGGUGUGGAGGAAGAUAUGUUGAAUGGGAAGGGAGAGAUGGAUAAUGGGUGUUCGGCUUCGCUGAUAGACAUGUGUUCGACACUUGCUCUACACGUCGUCGUCAUGUCCAAAACUUCAGAAGAAUACAUCAGCGUCUCCCAAACUAUGAACCUCAUGUACCAUUCACCAGCCAAACUAGGCGACAAACUAAAGCUAAUAAACAAGACAAUCGUCAUCGGAGAUCACGCACAUUCCGCUAAGACUGAGGUACAUAUAUUCUAUAAGAUCAUCCUCCAUCUGGAACGCGACCCAACAUCGACUCGUGGCGUCAGGCGCGCAGAUAAAGAUGAUACCCUCCGGCAUGCCUCCGCUGAAGCUGUAACACCAUAA